ACAAGUCGUCGUCUUGUGAAGAGACGAACGGGGCUCAUGCGCCCACUCCAUAUCGUCGCGCCCAGCAGCGUUGUACGACGCCGGCGAGGCGCGCGUCGAUCCCGUGCACCGGCAAGGAUUUGACGCAGCUGCGCGGAAAGAUGGAGCCUCAAAUCGUUCCCUCCCCGUCAUUUUUUCCCACGUAUCCUCUCCCAACUCCCCAAUCUUCCCAACACUAGACCCCAUCGACGAUGCGGCGAGAUCAGGUUGAGGCGGCGGUGACCCGUGAUCUGAUGAAGGCAACUGCGGCACGGGAGCGGAAGUCCUCUGCCGUGCGGGAGCGGAAGGGGGCGGCUGCGACAAAGCUCCCGCAGGGGGUGGCAGCGGCGGCGGUGCAGAAGGUCCCGGCUACGACUACGACUGCGGAUGAAGGUAGUGUCUCCUUUCAAUCCUUGGCAUCCUUCACCGGCACCACGAAUGGAGGUUUCUGGAGCCAAUGCGUUGGUGUAUGUCCAAUUGGUAAUCCAUGGAUGCGUCCUCAAGCUUUCGAACCAUCAACAUGGGAUAAUGAUCCAACACCACCUGGUGGAUUCACUGACUUUCUAAACAGCCAGCCUCAAAUGUCUCAAAAUCAUCACUUAGUUGGGAGGGCGUCUCAUUUUGGACCAUUCAAGCCACCACAAUCUUUUGAGACUUCACCAUCACAAGAAGACACAACAACCCCUCGUUCAUCACCUGUUAAUGUCGACAGUGGGGAUGAACUUAUUAGGACUGAGAAACGCAUCUUGUGGACACAAGAAGAAGAUAUGAGCUCUUCGUUGCUUAAUUUGAUGGACUCAUCCCAAAGAUCAGAUAGGAAGAGUGAGCACUAUUGGGUUUAUGUUAUUGAUACAUACAACCCUACUACUCCAGGCAAUAGGAAAAGAAAUCUUAAGCAAGCCAAGGACAGGUGGCACGAGAUUAAUAGAUGGACUGACCUUUUCAAUGAUGCUUGGAUUAAGGCUCAAAUAAUUUUCACUAGUGGAUACAAUGAUCAAAUGUGGAUUGAUAAGGCUCAUGUCUUCUAUGUAGAAGACAACAAGAAGCUCAAUCUCAGUCGUUUUGUCUUGAUGGAUGUAUGGUACAUGGUAAAAAAUGAAGCAAAGUAGAUAACAUACAACAAUGAGUUGAAACAAGCAUGCAAAAGGAAUAGUUCAGAUAAGGAUAAUGAAGGAGAGGACAUGGGCAAUGCAGAGCUGGAGGACCUGGAAGACCUCCCAAGGCCAAUGGGGCAAAAAAAAGCUAAGAAGGCAGCACUUGAAAAGAAAGCUACAAAUGUCAAUAGGAAGGACAUUGACAGUAUAGACCUUGAGGAGAUGAAUAAAUUUGGUAAAAUUCAGGCUGAUGAACAUGCAAACCGACUGAAGGUCUUGGAAGUACAACAGAAGCUAUCAUCUGAAAAGAUUGAACAAGCAAAGCUUGCCCACCUUGUAGCAAAGGAGCAAAAGGAGGCAGCAGAGGCGCAGAGGGAGGCAAGAAAAUUAGAAGUUGAAGCUAAGAUGUUUGAGACUUAUAAUCGCCUUCUUGCAAUUGAUGUAGCAGUGAUGUCUGAUGAAGAAAAGUUGGAUCAUGGCAAUACAAUGAAGUGCUUGAAAAAGAAAAUAUUUUCUGAUUACAACUGAGGUAAGUGCUCGUGUGGUGAAUUUUGUAUCAGUCAAUGUGAACUGUUGAAUUUCUAUAUCAGUCAAUGUGAACUGUUGAAGUUCUGUAUCAAUCAGUGAAUUGGUGAAUUUUUGUGUGCGUGCCUUUAUGAUUUUUGUUAGUGCUUGUGUGAAUGCGAGUGGCAGUGUGAAUGCAAGAGAGAAUUUUAGAGGUCAUCGGUUCAGUUAGAAUUUUUUGUGAGUGCUUGUGUGAAUGCUAGUGGUUGUGUAUCAGUCAAUGUGGU